CUUAAUGUCCAAUGGAUGAUUGCCACGCGGAUGAACGACCAAGUAGCAUUAAGUUUACGUGAAACGAGCUGAUAUAUAUCUCCGAUAGCUACAGAAUUUCCGACCGAAGCCUUGGUGAGAGAGAGAGAGAGACAGAGAUCGGUAAUGGCAAUGAAGGGAUACACGUUAUGUUCGAUCCUUGUGUUCUCGUUGUUCGCUUCGUGCGUAAGAAGCAAGGAGACGAAGGAGUUUGUGUUGACAUUGGAUCACACUAACUUCACCGAAACCAUCAACAAGCAUGAUUUCAUUGUCGUCGAGUUUUACGCCCCAUGGUGUGGACACUGCAAGCAGCUAGCUCCUGAGUACGAGAAGGCUGCGUCAGAAUUGAGCAGUCAUGUCCCUCCAGUGGUUCUCGCCAAGAUCGAUGCAAGCGAGGAAACAAACAAAGAAUUUGCAACAAAGUACUCGGUUCAGGGCUUCCCAACAAUCAAGAUCCUCAGAAACGGAGGAAAAGCUGUUCAAGAAUACAACGGACCUCGUGAAGCUGACGGCAUUGUUACUUACUUGAAGAAACAAAGCGGUCCUGCUUCUUUAGAAAUCAAGUCUGCUGAUGCUGCUUCUGAGGUUGUUGGUGACAAGAAUGUGGUUGCAGUUGGUGUUUUCCCUAAACUAUCUGGCGCUGAGUUUGACUCUUUCAUGGCCACUGCUGAGAAACUGCGCUCUGAUUAUGAUUUCGCACACACCACAGAUGCUAAGCUUCUUCCUCGUGGAGAGUCUGUGACAGGACCUGUAGUCAGGCUAUUCAAACCCUUUGAUGAACUCUUUGUUGAUUUCAGGGAUUUUGUUGGAGAAGCUUUGGAGAAAUUUGUCAAAGAAUCAAGCAUUCCUCUUAUCACCGUCUUUGAUAGUGAUCCAAACAACCAUCCAUAUGUUCUCAAAUUCUUUGAAAUCCCUAAUACUAAGGCGUUGUUUUUCUUGAACUUCAACGGAGAAGGAGCUGAGACUCUUAAAUCAAAGUACCGUGAAGUUGCUGCUUCCAACAAGGGACAUGGUCUUAGCUUUCUUCUCGGUGAUGCAAAGAACAGCGAAGAGGCAUUACAGCACUAUGGAGUCGAACAGAGGCAACUUCCUCUCAUCAUCCUUCAGACAGUGGAUGACAAGAAGUACCUGAAAACAAAUGUGGAGGUUGACCAGAUUGAAUCAUGGAUCAAUGACUUCAAGGACGGGAAAGCUUCCCCGUACAAAAAAUCUCAACCUAUCCCGGGUGAAAACAACGAGCCAGUGAAGGUUGUUGUUGCUGAGAACCUUGACGAGAUGGUCUUCAGCUCUGGAAAGAACGUCUUGCUUGAGUUCUAUGCUCCAUGGUGUGGACACUGCCAAAACCUUGUUCCAAUCUUGGACGAAGUUGCUGUGUCGUACCAAAGCGACCCAAGUGUAGUCAUUGCUAAGUUUGAUGCAACCGCAAACGACUUCCCACAUGACACCUUUGAUGUGAAGGGCUUCCCGACCAUUUACUUAAGAUCAGCGAAUGGAAACAUUGUGCUUUAUAAAGGAGACAGGACAAAGGAAGAUAUCAUAAGCUUCAUUGACAAGAACAAGGACACAGCUGGAGAGACUAAGACAGAGGAAAAGAAAACUAAGGAAGUUAAGGACGAGCUCUGAGGGGAGAAAGUGUGUUCUAUCUCUAAGCUGCUAACUUAAUUAGUUUGGUAGUUUUGAGGAAUCUACACAGAAGAAGACAAGGCUUUGAAUAGAUAGACAUAAAGAUAAUGUCUCUUUAUCUAUUCAUUAGAGUUUUAAAAUGCAAUCUGCAGAACAAUAACAUCUGCUUCAUUUGUUUUUGUUUUGGUCAUUUUUUAUUUUAUUUUUUGAACUCUGUUCUCUUUUAAUAUUAUGAGUGGUAUAAUACAAACCUAGGGAUCAAAUUUCUAAUACCAUCUCUAAUGAU